UCAUUGCUUUCCGACAAUUUAGUUUCUGUCCUCCAUCACCGCUCUCUUUGUCCCUCGCUAGACAAACCACGCUUCUUCUUUGUGUGUUCUAACAGUACUGUUUUGGCCUUUGGGGUUCUAUGAACUGCCACUGGUUCUGCAUUUCUCUCUCUCUCUCUAUCUAUUGUGGGUCUUUUGCAUUGAUGCUUUUAAAAGGUUGGAGGAAAUCUAAAGAGUGAUAGGGAUGCUGUGUAGCCGGAAGAUGUUUAAUUUUUUUAUUAGGAAGGAUAUGAGGAAGAUACUCAAGCGGAAAGACAGUGAUGCUGGGGAGCGUGGCAGAGCAUUGGAAGACCUGCGAGCUUCUCUGUUUAAUGAGUUGCGUACUUCUGAAGGUGCAAAGCGUCAACAGCAACGAAUAUGUGGUCCCACUGUUGCUCUUUUGUUCAAUUUCUUGGUUUCUGUUGGCAUUAUAUUGAUGAACAAAUUGGUCCUUGGCAAAGUUGGUUUCAAUUAUCCCAUCGUCCUCACGUUCAUUCAUUAUGCAUUGAGCUGGUUAUUGAUGGCCAUUCUCAACACCCUUUCACUUCUUCCUGCACCCCCUCCCUCAAAGACAACUCCAUUUUCCUCCUUGUUAGCACUUGGGGUGGUGAUGUCUCUCUCUAAUGGCCUGGCUAAUGUCAGCUUGAAGUUUAAUAGCAUUGGUUUUUAUCAGAUGGCCAAGAUUGCUGUAACUCCAACAAUCGUUCUAGCAGAAUUUCUUCUGUUCAGGAAGACAGUUUCUUUCCAGAAGGUCUUAGCACUUACUGUAGUUUCUAUUGGUGUUGCUGUGGCUACUGUUACCGAUCUCCAAUUCCACUUCUUCGGUGCUUGUGUAGCAUUGGCUUGGAUCAUACCAAGUGCAGUCAAUAAGAUCCUCUGGUCAAACCUACAACAACAGGAAAACUGGACUGCCUUGGCGUUAAUGUGGAAGACGACACCAAUUACUUUGUUCUUUCUGGUGGCUCUGAUGCCUUGGCUCGAUCCUCCAGGUGUCCUCUCCUUUGGUUGGACGUUCAGUAAUACCUCGGUGAUACUCAUGUCGGCUGUUCUUGGCUUCUUGCUUCAGUUGUCUGGUGCUUUAGCACUUGGGGCAACCUCUGCUACCACUCAUGUUGUUCUUGGGCAGUUCAAAACAUGUGUCAUCCUUCUUGGAGGUUUUCUUCUCUUUGGUUCGAAUCCUGGCACAGUAAGUCUCUGUGGUGUAAUCACUGCCCUUGUUGGUAUGUCUGUGUACACUUACCUUAAUUUGCAACAGCUGACAAACAAGAUAUCUCCCAGACAAGCACCUUUUUCUCUAGCUAAAUCUAAGUUGAGUAGAGAAAAUGGAGAGAUGCGUGAUGGAUGUUGUGACGGGGAAUCCGUCUGAUUGGCAAAUUUCUAACUAUUGCUCAGGAAGAAGAAACUGAUCUUUGUUGCAGUAGAAGAUAAACUAGCUACUAACCUAGUUGUUUUAAUUUAUUUUCUUUUACCUUAAUAUUGUUUUCUUUCUUCCAAGUUGCCAUUUAGAUAUUAUGUAUCUUUCAAUUCUUGUGGUAUACUGGGUUUACAUACGUUGCAUCAGGGUCAAAGGUGUGUAAUUAGAAAACACAAAAAAGAGGAAGAAGGGUUCUAACAUUUUGUAAGGUAAACUCUUGUAGGCAUGUAAUGUUGAUAUUACUGAGAUGUAUUUGCUCCUUUAUGCUUUGAUUACUGCUUAAGUACACGCAUAUAUAAUAUAAUCAAUCAAAGCCUUUUUGGUUAAUACAAAUUCAUUAUGUU